GUAAUUUUAUUUUUUAAACCUACAUCAAAUAAACAUGUUGUAAUAAAAUAAAUCUUAAUUGUAAAUUUCACAAAUUUAAUUAAUAUAUUUAAUUUGUAUACGUAAUAUAAUAAAAUAACGCUUUUUCAUAUCUAAAUAAUUUUAUUUCUCAAAAUAAUCUUCGUUAUGUUCGAUAAAAUUUCUUUAUCACAGAGAUUGUUCGAAAACAUUAUUCUAAUUAACUAUCUUACAAUAUGUAAGAAUGAAUGAUUUGUAAUUUCAUCAAUGUCCUUAUGAUGUUAUCCUUAUUUACAGAAAAAAGUGCUGUCACCUAUCGAUAUUUCCUUAAAGUCUGUUUACACAUCAAAGUGAAUAGAAAUCAUUUAGAGAACAGUGAAACGAAAUUUUCAUAAAUUUUUAUAAUUUAAAGAUAAUUAAAAUAAACAAAUGGCGUUUUAUGAUAAUGAACAUUGGCUCUUAUCACACAUCAGGGAUAGUUUUUUAUCAACCGACAACACAGGUCAGUGCGAAAUGGUAAUGCUUGGAGAAGAUAUUCCCAAACAACUAAAAUCUAAUGGUAUGUUACAAUGUUAUCCUGGCAUGGAAGAAAGCGAUGAUGAAGAUCUGGAUGCUCUUGCAGAAUCUUAUGAUAUACAAAUGGAUAUGGAAUACAGUCAUAGAGAACGUACUAACACUGCUCAACGAUUAGAGAAAAUGAAUCUUGAAAGAGAAAAGGCUGCUAAAGUCAGUGUAAAGUGGAAAAAUGAUUCUGUUGUACCUGUUACUCAACAAUCAGAAUUAUUUCAAAGAAAGGAUUUUCGUAAAAAAACUGGCCAAGCUAAAAAAUAUUCCCUUCUAUCUGAACAACUUGAAAAAUGCCCAAAUGUUCCACAAAAUCCAUUUAUAGAAUAUGCUAAAUAUGAUGGCAGUGCACAAGUAGAUAUUCCUAUAAGAAAAUAUAGAAUAUUUAUGUGUAUGUUACCUAAAAAACAAAGAAUGUAUCCCCUUCAUAUAAUUGUGCUUGCUACAGCAAAAGUUCUAGAAUUUAUUGGAUUAAUUUGCUACAAAUAUGCAAAUGAACAUCCAGAUCAUUCUCUAAAAGAUGAUAUCACAAGAUAUGGUUUAUAUUUUACUGAAGAUGAUGGAGAAGUUGACUGGGAUUUACCUUGCUUAGAUCCUAGGGAAACAAUAUCUAAAUUUGAAUUUACAACGUUAGGUCUUGCAGAAAUGAAACCCAGCGAUAGAGCGCGACAUAAUAUGUUUAGCUGGGUAGAAUUAACGAACGAAGACGAUUUUCUAGAAGGUCAAAACGAAGAACAAGAAGUUGCUGAAGAUUUAGCAAAAAUGGAAGGACAUACGACUGCUAUGGAAGCUCCAUUGUAUCAGUCAUACAGGGUAUACAUAAUAAGUAAAGUCAGAGCAAAGACUGAAAUCUAUCUAGGAAUAUCUGGUGAAAAAAUUGAAAUUAAUCCAAUAAUAACUGGAAAAGGUGCAGGUCGUUUUUGGAAUCGGCAAAGAGCUGUUAGUUAUCAAAUAGACAAUAUUGCCUGGUGUGAAGUAACAGAAACCAAGGGAUCAAAAACAAUUUUUACAUUAGUUUAUACACCACAUUCUUCUACUUCUGAAAAUAUUUUAGUUAAAAUUAGAUAUUGAAGAAUUUAACAAUCUACUUCGGCAAGCAAAUCGCCAAAAAAGCAAAGAUGUUCUUAGUCUUGAAAUUAGGAAAUUACAAACAGAGUUAGCAAGAUUGAUCGAAGAAAAUAAAAUAUCUCAAACAAAUCCAACUAACGUAGUGUCUAAUUCUCCUCAAAAGUAUUAUGAAUUUAAACUUAAUAAUUAUGGUUGGGAUCAAACAACUACAACAAUGAAAUUAUAUGUCACACUGAAAGAUGUGCAUCAAUUGCCUAAAGAAGCUGUAACUUGCAACUUUACUGAGAAAUCUUUUGACUUGCAUGUUCUUGGAUUAAAUGAUAAAAAUUAUAAUUUAACAAUUAAUAAUUUAUGUGAAGAUAUUGAUUCAGAUAAAAGCAAUGUGAAAACCAAAGUUGAUAUGGUGAUAAUAUCUCUUGUUAAAAAAGUUGCCAAAUAUUGGUCACAUGUAACAAGCGUAGAAAAAAGAAUCAAAGAAUCAAAAACAUCUUCAGUUCCAGAUAUGUGUGAAGAUAAUGAUCCUGGUACUAGUUUAAUGAAUUUAAUGAAAAAAAUGUACCAAGAAGGAGAUGAUGAAAUAAAAAAGACAAUAGCCAAAGCGUGGACAGAGACUCAAGAAAAAAAAGCAGCAGGACUGACAGAUCAUUCAUGUUUAUAAAUAUGUAAGCUUAUUAUUUCAUAGGUUAUUAAUGUACAAUGUAAAAUAUUAAUUUUACAUUGUAAAACUUACAAUGUAAGUUUAUUAUGCCCUAGGUUAUUAAUAUACAAUGUAAAUAAUAUAAAAUAUUAAAAUGUAAAAGUAUUAUAUGCAUGUUUUACAUAUAUUAAGUUUAGACACUCAUUACUUUUAUAAAAAAAAUUAUGUUUGCAAACCUAUCAUAUAAUUGUUUUUAAAAUAAUGCUUUUUAAAUCAAAUAAAAUGAUUAUUUCAAUUGUAAAAAUUAUAUUUCGCUUUUUUCUAAUAAUGAUAAUUUUAAACUAUUUUUAUUCUUUAUACAAUGUAAGCCAACUUAUUAUUAUAUAUUAUUAUAGCUGCUUACAAUAAAGAAAAAUUAUAAAAAUAUCUUGUAAUCACUUCAUUAAUUAUUUUCAUGUAAACGACAGAUUGAAAUGAUACAUAUAAUGUAGUAAAUGAUACAUAUAAUUUACUAUUUCCUAUAUUUUUAAAUUACUGUUGUAAUUAAAAUUUUUCAUAUACAAUAAUUUUAUAUAUUUAAAAGGAAUUUUAAAACUCUACUAUGUUACAUAAGUUAAAUUCAAUAAUAUUUUAGAAAUAAGAAUUUGUAAAGAAGAAUAUAUAUUUUAAAAAUAUAUAUUUUAAGAACUAUUGCGUGGCAAUUUGCUGCUCGUUGCAAAAAUAUACAUUAUAUAUAAGGAAUAUAUAAAACAGCGAUGUUGCUGAGUCAAAGAUUGUUGAAUUCAGGAUUCGUAGAAAAAUAAAAAUUAUUCUGAAAAUUAUUGCUAUUUUGUUGUAAAGUUUUACUUAUUUCAUUUUAUAUGUAAUAAGUAAUUUUUGCUUACGACCUAGGGAUUCAUUCACUAGUAGUAUAUAGAGAUAAUGAUUCAGAAUUACAAUUAAAAAUUAAGGUUAUAAUUCUUGAAUUAUAAAGAAGGUUAUAAGAUUCACUUUUUUUAUUUAUUAAUAAUAAAUUGAAUUACAAGAAUGUGAAAUGAACAAGAAAAAAUUAUUUUUUGAUAUAUAUAUUGUAUAACUUGUAAAAAUGUACAUUAAUACAUUAAAUUGAUUAGAUAAAAAGAAAAUAUAUAAAACAUAUUUUCUGCAAUAUGUAAGUUAUAUUUAACAUGUUGAUUUGUACAUAGCACAUACAUAUAUAUAUAUACUUGUUUUUAAAAUCAAAUUCAUAAACAUUAAUGUUUUUUUAACAUGUAAAUUAUAGUAGUACUGUCAAAAAAUAAGAUACACACAUGCCUGUUUUAUUUAUUUAUAUCCUGAAUAUUUUUGUUACCUUUUAUACAUUUAUAUUUCUCAAGUUAAAGACCAUAAAUUUAUAGACAAGAUAAUUUUUUAAUUUAUAAUAAAUUUAUUAAUAAUAUUUUUAAAAAUAAAAGAACUCAAUAUAAUUCAUUCUAUGAAGUAUUAUAAGUAUUGUCAACAAAUCUUUAUUUACUUAUUUUUGAGUUAUAGAAAUAUAUAAUUUUCAGAAAACUAAUAUUAAUAUUAAUUUUUUGUAUCAAUAUGAAUAUAUUUAAUUAUAAGUAAAAAUUAUAUAUCUGAGUAUUUCUAUAUAGUAAUAGGAAACAUUUGUCCAAUGUAUCAUAUUUGUAGUUUUAUAUAUUAUGCUUCAAAUAUUAUUACAUAUUUUUGUGAAAAAAAAUUAUUUUAUAAAAUUAUUUCAGUUAAUAAUAGUUCAUGAAAAUUUUUUACUUUUAAAGUAUAAAAUAGAAAUACAAGCAUAA